AUGCUGUGUCCCUUAUCGGAGUCACGUGCGAUAGGCGGCGCGUAUCUUCGUCGUUCGGAGGGACGCGACAGCAUCGCGAAAUCUUCCGGCGCAUUGGGACCUGAUGCAGUUGACUCUAGCGAGUGGUUGUUCCGCGGUAUUCAGCAUCUCAACUCUGACGUGACAGAGGAAGCUGCGAUGUUCAAGAAGGCCGUGCAGGACCACCCGGGGCCACCCACAAAGUCCCUCCAAUCUACUCUAUUCAACACCAAUGCAAACAGCCAAUCGAAGCCCCCACCUCCACAAUUUCAAUCGCAAGGUGUCAAGCGAAAGAUCGAGAUGACGAGUGCCGGACAGACGGGAUUGGGGUCGUUGCAUACUAGUGCGGUAUAUUUUGAUGAGAACGACUUUGAUGACGAUGAUGACUUGGAUUUCGAAGAGCCAGAUCCGUUCGUUCCACCGCCUAAAAUUGUCCGCCCCAGUGCUCAAACGCAGGAGACGAAUGGAACGUCGAGUUCGAAUAUUAUACCCAGAUUGAAUGAUACCUCGAGACAGAGUGCCGCACCAAAGAAGUCGGAGGUUAUCACACUAAGUGAUGAUUCGUUGGAUGUCAAGUACCCAGAGCUACCACCUCUUCCUGAUGAGCAGGUUGCACCGUCGAGCAGCAUACAAUACCCUUGGUCCUCCUCACCUCCAACUCAUUUCCAGAACCCUACCAACCGUCGAACCCUACCGUGGCUGAAAAACGAAGAGCCAGCACCCCAGCCUCCCCAAUACAGAAAACCAGAAACUCCCGUCCGCCCGAAGCCGAAGACUACAGCACCAUGGAACAAGACUGCGAGUGCCAUCAAGGAGGAACAAAAAGAGCUUCGUCGGCAGGCUAAGAAGAGCCAGAAGGGAGAGACGAAACACAAGCCUAAAUCGAAGCUUGCGUCGCUGUUCCUCAGUGAUGAGCAGCGUCAUGUACUUGACGCUGUGGUUCAAGGCGGGAAGAGCAUGUUCUUCACCGGUUCUGCUGGUACUGGUAAAUCUGUGCUCAUGAGAGAGAUCAUCAAGAAACUGCGGGAUAAAUAUAAGAGGGAACCGGAUCGAGUGGCUGUUACCGCUUCUACCGGGCUUGCUGCGUGUAACAUUGAGGGGGUUACUCUACACAGUUUUGCAGGCAUUGGCUUGGGCAAAGAACAAGUUCCUGAGCUUGUCAAGAAGAUCAAGAGAAAUCCCAAAGCCAAGAAUCGUUGGCUGCGCACAAAAGUCCUGAUUAUCGAUGAAGUGUCCAUGGUUGAUGGGGAUCUUUUUGAUAAGCUGGAGGACAUCGCUCGUAAAAUCAGAAACAACGGCAGGCCGUUCGGGGGCAUCCAACUUGUCGUUACCGGGGACUUCUUCCAGCUGCCCCCAGUGCCUGAGAAGAAUAGUCGAGACGCAAAGUUUGCCUUUGCAGCCGCCACUUGGAACACUUCAAUUCAACACACGAUCCUUUUGACCACUGUCUUUCGUCAGGCAGACCCUGAGUUUGCUGGGAUGCUGAAUGAGAUGCGAUUAGGCAAAUUAAGUCCCCAGUCCAUCAAUAUUUUCAAGUCACUCGCCCGACCCCUCAACUUCGAUGAUUCCCUCGACGCUACAGAAUUAUUCCCUACUCGUCAAGAAGUAGAAAGCGCCAAUGGUGCUCGAAUGCAGAGACUCUCAGGCGAACUGAUGACUUUCACCGCACAAGAUUCAGGAACGAUCAAAGAACCUGAAUAUCGUGAAAAGCUGCUCCAGAACUGCAUGGCCCCACCUGUGAUUCACCUCAAGAAAGGCGCCCAGGUGAUGCUCAUCAAGAACAUGGAAGAAACCCUUGUGAACGGGUCCAUUGGACGUGUCGUUGCAUUUAUGGACGAAGCAACAUUCGACUACUACCGAGAAAACGAGGCCGACUUCUCCGGGGAGCCGGGAGGCGGAAGCGACGACGAGAGUGCGAUCCACGCCCGCAAGAAGCUCAAAAGCAUGAUUCACAAAGACGGCGCCGGCGGAAUCACCGUCACCAAGAAAUGGCCUCUGGUGUGCUUCGUGCAGCCUGAUGGAAGCGAGCGACAUCUGCUCUGCCAGCCCGAAGCCUGGAAGAUCGAGCUUCCCAACGGCGAAAUCCAGGCCCAGCGCCAACAAGUCCCACUCAUCCUCGCGUGGGCUCUCUCCAUCCACAAAGCCCAAGGCCAGACUCUCCAGCGGGUCAAGGUCGAUCUCGGCCGAGUCUUCGAACGAGGACAGGCGUACGUUGCGCUCAGUCGUGCCACCAGCAAGGAAGGUCUGCAAGUCACACGCUUCGAGCCACGCAAGGUCAUGGUUCAUCCUAAGGUCACGGAAUUCUACUCCAACCUAGUGAGCAUCACCGAGGUGAUCAAGCCGAAGAGCAAUGCCAACACCACUAAUAACAACGAACCUCCACCUGGACGAGUCACCAAUGAGCCCGGAGACUCCGAUGAAGAAGAUUAUCUCGAGGCUCUAUACGGAAUAUAG